AUGGAAAUAUUUGCAAACCGAGAAAUUGAAACAGAUUUGAAUUUAUUGCAAAAAUGGUUUGAGGCUAAUGAAAACUUACCCGAGAAAAUAGAUCGCAUAUUUCUGGCUCGUUUCUAUUACCGCUCCGAUAAAAAUAUCGAAGAGACCAAAAAACUUUUACUUGGCCACUAUGCCAUUCGUAAGAAAAAUCCAAAUAUUUUCUUUGCCCGUGAUCCCGAUAGCCAACAUGCUUUAAACACGGCGGAAUUUGUACAUUUUGUAACCCUGCCUGGCCUAACACCGGACAAAAAUCAAGUUAAGCUGAUAAAAUUAAAAAAUGCCGAUCCAAAUAAGGUCCACUUUGUCGAGGAUAUGAAAAGUCUCAUUAUGGCCCAUGAUGGUGCAUUUUGCGAAGCCGAUAUGAUCGUCAAUGAUGUUCCAUAUUUCGCGGAAAAUUUAAUACAAAUUGUGGAUAUGGAUGGAUUUACCAUGAAACACAUGACCCAUCUCUCACUGCCGGCAUUAUUGGUAUUUCUGAGAUAUAUGCAAAAAUAUUGUCCGAUCAAAUUUAAAACUAUACAUUUGAUAAAUUGUCCGGCAUAUGUGAAUAAUAUGUUUGCUAUGGUGAAACCAUUUAUGAAAAAGGAAACGAUAGAUAAGAUACAAUUCCAUGUCCGCAGUAUUGAAAACCUCUUCGAAUCUGUACCCAAGGAAAUGUUACCAUCGGAAUAUGGUGGAAAUUCAAGUUCAAUUGAUGAUUUAUCCGAAGAGAUGUUAAAUUCAUUACGAAGCAAAAGGAACUAUCUUAUCGAUCCAAAUUACUGGAAAAUUACGGAUGAAUCUAAAUAG